AUGUUGUCUACCAUUAAACCACCAGAAGUUGACUCAGAUGAUGAUCUUCCAUCAGAAGAUGAAAUUUUAUUCAACAAAUUAAACCAAGAAAAUCACUACGUGAGAACACGAGAUGUUAUAUUGAUCACUGAUUCAGAUGACAACGAACUGUCUACCACGGCUGCAAAUAAUAAUAAUAAUGAUUUUACGUAUAUCAUCAACAACGAUCGUUCUCUCAGAAUCAGUAAGAAGGAUAUACGAGCCAAUUUAAACCGAUUGGUAAGAAGACUCAAAACUAAAAAGGCUAUUAAACAUAUCAUCGAUAUAUGUAAACAUAAAGAAAAAUACGAGUAUUACAAAAA